UGUAACCAGAGUAAUUUGACGGUCUUCCAACUAACUUUUUGUUACUGGUGAUUUAAUUCUUGAUUUGUUGUGCAAUACCAUUACUAUGCCGAGAUAACAGAAGAAAAUCCCGACAAUUUUACGUUUGUAAAUUAAAUCCACAAUAUUUUUUAUUUUUGAGAGACUUUAUUUUUACAAAAAUGACUGAAUAUAAACUAGUAGUAGUAGGAGCGGGUGGUGUAGGGAAGUCGGCGUUAACAAUUCAGCUGAUACAGAACCACUUUGUGGAUGAAUAUGACCCUACCAUAGAGGAUUCCUAUCGAAAGCAAGUGGUUAUAGAUGGGGAAACAUGUUUACUGGAUAUUUUAGAUACUGCUGGUCAAGAAGAAUACAGUGCAAUGAGGGAUCAAUACAUGAGAACUGGGGAAGGUUUUCUGUUGGUUUUUGCAGUUAAUUCAGCCAAAAGUUUCGAGGAUAUCGGGACAUACAGGGAGCAAAUCAAAAGGGUAAAAGAUGCCGAAGAAGUUCCAAUGGUUCUUGUGGGAAAUAAAUGUGAUUUAUCGCCGUUGGUUGAUAUGAACCAAGCUAAAGAGAUUGCCAAGCAAUAUGGAAUACCGUUCGUCGAGACUUCGGCAAAAACUCGAAUGGGAGUCGACGAUGCUUUUUACACGCUGGUGCGCGAAAUCCGAAAAGACAAGACAAAACGACGCGCCCCCAAAACGGGCACCCACAUCCGUUCACCUUUCUCCAAGUUCCGCUGCUCCAUUCUAUAGAAGGGGUGCGUAGGAAAGCGGCCACCGAUGAUCUCCCCCGGUCAGCACACAGUGCGUUGUUGCCUUUUGCCGCAGCCGUUCGUUAUGGAAAUCAAUUUUUUGACAGUUUGUGUGUGCGCGCGAUACAAAAAUAAUGGGUAACCACUAGGGUGUUUCAUUUAAAACGAAAUUUUUUUUUUCUUGCUGACACAUGAAAAUUUUAUUUUUUAGGUUG